AUGGGGAGCUCCUCCGAACUCAAGCAAAUUUUGACAUCAACUCUCCUUGAUGACGUACACAAAUUGUGGUUUGAUCAUCUGAGCUGCGAAGAUGCAUUAAUUCUACCUGGAAGGAGUGAGAUGGGAAAGUGGUUUUCUCAUGACGAGGCUUUUGACAAGGCCUGCGUCGCUCGAUUCCGCCCUGCUCUGGAAACAAUCGUUGGCUCUGGAGCAUCAGCUUCGGACAUUCUAUCUGCAGUUAGCCCGUCCUCGCCGAUGGAUUGGCUCAGCCUCAUUAUUCUACUUGAUCAGAUUCCCCGCAAUUGCUACCGGGGAGCCGAGUCGAAGCUAGUGUUUGGGCGCUUUGACCCAUUAGCCGAGGAAAUUGCGCUUCGAGCAAUCAAAGAAGAGAUACCGACCCAGUCGACGUAUUUCAAGUAUCGAAUGGCGUAUCGUACUUGGUUCUAUAUGCCCCUUAUGCAUUCGGAAAACUUGGCUGUGCAUGAGCAAGCCCUCAAGGUGCACGAGGAUAUAGCCAGAGAUUUUAAUGGACUUCUGGCUAGGGACGCAUCGACUCUUACGGAAGAGGAAAGAAAAUGCCGUGGCAUUCUAUCUGAGAAAGAAGAGGCACUCCAGGCAUUAUUGAGCAUGACCUUUGACUUUGAGAAGAGGCAUAAAGUGAUUAUUGAGCAGUUUGGACGAUACCCACAUCGGAACCAGGCACUGGGAAGAGUGUCUACCCCGGAAGAAAUCGAAUACCUGAACAAUGGCGGGGAGACAUUUACGUGA